AGCAGUAAUAGCAGUAGUGUUAGUAUUAUAUGUAGUUCUUCCGGUCAUCCACCAGGUGGCGAUGAUCACGCAGGAAACUGUGAAGAAGAAGCGGAAAUGACGCAGGUCCAAGAUGGCGGCGCAGGUGGAGUUGUGUUGUUUGGAAAGUUUCCCUUCACAUCUGAGUCCUCUGGAUGUUCUGAUUCUACAAACUCAACUGGACUCGGUUUUCCAGAAUGACACCGACCCACCGACCGCCCUCUUCAUCCCGCAGCGGCCUCAGGGCUCCGGAAGGCCGGGCAUUUUGCUGCGCGUCCACCCGACCACUGAGGAGGAAAUCUCGGGCUACGGAGGAGGAAACUCCCCCAGAGCAGAGUCCGGGAGCUGGGUCCAAGUCCGGAUCUUCACCAGCCGCUUCUUCCUGCGGCACCACGGCUUCCAGAGGCUCCUCGGCAGCACAGGGACCGUCCGGGCUCUGGAGCCGAUCCCCCUGGAUAGAGUGGUGCUGGGAGCCCGCAGCAGACAGAGCCUCCACUGGGCCGGAGCCGAGCAGUUUACCAGCGGGCUGCUGGAGCUCUGCCGCCCGGGACAGUGGCUGCUGGCCCGGCAGGGAGACCCGCUGCUGCUGCCCCGACACCCGCUGCUGGGAGAGGACCCGGGACAGGUGCAGCAGCAGCUGAUGGAGCUGCUCGUGUUAGAGUGCAGUCCUGUAACACAGGGACGGAUCACCGCCGACACCUCUCUGGUUCUGACGGACUGCUUUGACUCAGCGGACCCCCCAGGCGCCCCCCCAGCCUGCAGGCCGCUCAGACUGUGCGUGUCAGACUUUGCCCAUUACGCCGACGGUCUCGGAGGGGGGCGCUCUCUUCUCGACAACAGGAAGCUGCUGGGCUCGGGGUUCUCGGGCGUCCUGCAUGCGCUGGAGUGCAGGGUGGAUGUCCGGGUGGUGGAAACUCAGCGAUGGCUCGGGGUCAAAUGUCAGCAGGGAGCCGCCGUGGACGUGGACAGCUGUGUGUUUGUGAGCAAACAGCUGCUCCUCCGGCUGGGGCUGUUUAACCAGGAGUGGGUGAAGCUGUCGAGGCCGGGCGGGUCCUCCAGACCUCUUGCAGGUCACACCGAUGUCAAGGGGGGCGUCUGCAGACAGCGGCAGGUCUCUGUGCUGGUUGUGGAUUUAACACAGAGUCCAGACCUGCAGAACCACGAUGAAGUCGGUUUCAUAUCGGCAACUCUGUGGUUCAACAUGACUGAAGGAGACGUGAUCCCUGUGAAUGGCUGCACACUGAGGAUGAAGAGGUGGACACCGUCUCCUCCGGCGCCUGGUAGUCGUCACUCGGACAGUUUCAGUCGCUCUUCUUCUCCGAUGUUCGCCAGCGAGCUUCACAUCCAGCCGGUCACGUCUCCGCUGUACAACAACCUCAGCUGCUACGACAACCUGCUGUCUGAACACUUCAGUAUGCCCAGACUGGUUUCACAGGGAGACAUCCUGACAGUUCCAGCUGAAAACCAUCCAGACCUGCUGGUGAACAAUUCAGAGGGAAUACACAGGUGUCCAGUGCUGUUCUUCAGAGUGCAGAAGGUGUGUCCGUCGACAGAGAGAGAAGAAGAGGAAGAAGAAGAUGGAGGAGGAGAUCACCUGGCUGACAGACUGCACACUUCCCUCUACAUGCGAGCGUCCACCAGCAGCCCCGUCCCCUGCCUCUCUGUGGAGGCUUCGUCUCUGUGGAGCAGCCUGUCUCCUCCGGGCCUCGUCAAGACCGUGGAGCUCCUCAGCAGCAUCGUCCUCCCACACCUGCACCACAGCAGCUCUUUGUCUGGCUGCACCGUCCUCCUACACGGCCCUGCAGGAAGUGGUAAAAUGACAGCGGUCAGCGCGGCGAGUCGCAGACUGAACCUCCACCUGCUGAAGGUGGACUGCGUGAGUGUGUGUGCUGACACCCCUGCAGCCUCGGAGGUGAAGCUGGCGUCGGUGUUUCAGCGGGCCGAGGCCCUGCAGCCCUGCGUCCUGCUGCUCAGGAACCUGCAGCUCCUGCUCAGAUCUCGAGGCGACGCCAAGGAGGACGGCAGAGUCCAGGCCGCACUCUGCCAGUUGCUCCACAGCGCCUCCACCAGUGUGGUGGUGGUGGCGACGGUCUGCAGACCUCGGGAGCUGUCUGCAGGCGUCAUGGCGGCGUUUAUCCACCAGGUGGCGUUAGAGAGUCCCACCGAGGAGCAGCGGCGCUCCAUGCUGGUCAGCCUGAGCCGAGACCUUCACCUGGGGAGAGACGUCAACCUGGAGAGUCUCUCCAAGCACACUGCGGGGUUUGUGUUGGGGGAUCUGAGCGCUCUGCUGGUUGAGGCCGGUCGAGCUGCCUGCAGGAGGCUGAUCCACAGCUGUGGUGGCCGGCAGGAGGAGGAUCUGUGCGCCAGUGGAGUGACCAUCCUGAACCAGGACUUCUGCUCCGCCCUGAAGACCCUGCAGGAUGCCCAGUCCAUGUCCAUCGGAGCCCCCAAGAUCCCUGAUGUGUGUUGGGAGGAUGUUGGAGGUCUGCAGCAGGUGAAGAAAGAGAUCCUGGACACAGUUCAGCUUCCUCUGCAGCGUCCAGAGCUCCUGUCUCUGGGUCUGAACCGGACCGGAGUCCUGCUGUACGGACCGCCAGGAACAGGGAAGACUCUGCUGGCCAAAGCUGUGGCUACCGAGUGCUCCAUGACCUUCCUCAGCGUUAAAGGUCCAGAGCUCAUCAACAUGUACGUGGGUCAGAGUGAAGAGAACAUUAGAGAAGUGUUCUGCAGAGCGCGCUCAGCGGCUCCGUGCGUCGUCUUCUUUGAUGAGCUGGACUCUCUGGCUCCCAGCAGGGGGCGCAGUGGAGACUCUGGAGGGGUGAUGGACAGAGUCGUGUCUCAGCUGCUGGCCGAGCUCGACGCUUUGCAAUCGGCUGUCGGAGUUUUUGUGAUCGGAGCCACGAACCGUCCGGACCUGCUGGACCAAUCUCUGCUGAGGCCCGGCAGGUUUGAUAAACUGGUCUACGUUGGAAUCAACGAGGACCGAGCCUCUCAGCUGCAGGUUCUCCAGGCAAUCCUCAGAAAGUUCCAGAUGGACUCGUCUGUGGACCUGCAGCAGGUGGUGGAUCGCUGCCCCGAUCACAUGACCGGCGCCGACCUGUACGCUCUCUGUUCGGACGCUAUGACGGCCGCCAUCAAGAGGAAGAUCUCUCUCAUCGACGACGGUCUGGACUCGGAGGACUCUCCGGUCCUGGUCUCCGUUGAGGAUUUCUCUUCAGCGUUAGAAAACUUCAAGCCGUCCGUUUCCGACAUGGAGCUGCUGAGAUACAGAAACAUUCAACAUAAACUCUCUGCUAAGUAGAGACUGAUGACGAUGACGAUGAUGUUCCAUCUCCAACAGGACACAAGGACUCCGCUGGUCUAAUUUAAAGUGUGAAAAAUCAACAUUGUAAAAUAAUGUAAAUCAUGUAAGCAAGAAGUUAAUUUAUAAAAUUGUGAGAUGUAAUUUAUAAAUACAGAUGUUUAACUUUGACCGA